GGAGACUACACGAAAGAAAAAAAACUCUCCCCUUUCCCCUCCUGUUCUCUCCCUUCCCCGCAGCCCUUCGCCCUCACUGCCAAAACCCUCUCCUCUUCCCUCUCAUGUUCUCUCCCUUCCCUGCAGCCCUCCCCCUCUCUCUGCGACCUCCCCCAGUACUCUGGGAAGCAUGGCGAAACCCUUGCCCCCAAGUCUUCGCGCUGGAUGGGCAUCAGGCUUCCCGAUCGUAUGCCGCACCGCCUCCCUUGUAGCGUCGCCCCCACCCUUGCCGUCACCACCACCUUCACCGCUCCGCCGUGGCCAUUUCUACCUCCGCCCUCCUUCUUCCCAACGAAGAGGAAACUCUGGAGCUAGGGUUUCUGCCGCUGCUACUGCCGUGACGCCGUCAACGCGCCGCCGCCCACACACGCCGCUCCGCCCAAGCCUCACCAUUCCUCGCCACCCCUCUCCUUCAUCUUCUCCACCUUCCCCAGCACCGCAUGCCGCCAUCAUCCCACCACCCGCCGCCCUUUUCUUUUCCGCCGCCUCUCGCCACCAUCCCUUUCCCUAUGCAGCCACUGCCUUUCUUCUCCGAACCGCCGCCAUCGCCCACUGUUCUUCUACGCCUCUCUGCCUUGCCCUCCACCGUGGAAGAGGGAAGACCGUGGAAGUGGACAGAUCGAGAAAGAGGAGAAGACCGUGGAUGAGGAAUAUUUGUGGUAUUAUGUGAUCGGUGAUCUUAGAUCCCCGUACCAUAUAAACAAGUUACUCAUGGAUACUCAAAAAUUUUUAAUCACUGGACCAUGGGCUACCAAACUUAUUGAUCUUAGAUUACUAGGGAUCAAAUCACCCGCAUUCGGAUCACCGAGAAUCUUAGAUCACCGUGGUGAUCCUGUUGGGGUUACCAAACGCCCCCUAUGUUUAUAAUGAACUAGAAUCUAUACAAAGCAAACUGGCGUUUCAACCGGUGCUCAUACUCCUUUGUGGUGUUUCCCCAGAAAAUUCUUACAUCAUAGAAGCAAUUCUUACGCCCAAAUUUAAUGAACAAACAAAUGAAAGGUUAUUGAUAACCUAGAGAACAAGGGAAUGAAUCUAGAGCAUUAUGUGCCAAGCUGAGUUCCAAUUUCAUGACAUGCCACAUUGAAGACAAAUAUGAAUUUCUGGCAAAGUAUAUUAGUAAAAAAGAAGGUAUAGACCGAUACAUAUGUAAGAAACAUGGAGAUAACCUUACAGAAAAAGUUUCUAUUUGUCAAUUAAAAAAAAAGAGAAAAAUCCUUAUAAUAAAAGAAUAAAAAAAUGGAUAGAGCUCUGCUAAACCUACUUGCAACCAAACUGUCAAAAUAUACAUUUUCUGCUUUAUUUCCAACUCUAAUUUUUUUCCUGACUAUCAAAUUAUCUUCCUUCUUCAUGCCAUGGAGAAUAUGUCCCCUUUUGAAGUAUA